CCAUACUGUUUUGAUACCAACAAGAAAGAUUCAGCACAGUCUCAUAUCUGCCAAAGAUUAAACAUUUCUGGGAUAUCCCACAUACCGUGCAUACCAUGCUUACCAUGCAUGCUUGCAUUCAAUAGGGACUAGGAUUAAGGAACACAAACGAAACUGCAUCCUAGGACAAUCAGACAAGUCUGCUGUAGUUGAACAUGCACUGUUAGAUGGAAACCAUAAGAUAAAAUUCCAAGAUACACAAUUGCUUGCCUCGACAACUGGAUAUCACAAGAGCACAAACUUAGCAACUUAGCUGUAGUAAUAAUUAUGUCAUAUUUAUUUAUUUUUAUUAAAAACUAAUAUUCGGACGGACCUCCUUGGUUGUUUAUGACCGCCUUACAUCGAUUUGGCGUACUCAGUAUCAGCCUAUGGGGUUCCAAUGCAAAAGCGACAACAAAUGUUUGCAUAUUUCAAAAGAAUGCAACGGAAUAGUGGACUGUGCUGAUGGCAGUGAUGAAACUGACUGCAAAAAUAAUUGGUGUCCGAAAUAUCUGUUUCGUUGUAACAGUGGUGCGUGCAUAAAUAAGGAUGCCGUGUGUAAUGGGAAACAAGACUGCAGCGACAAUUCAGAUGAAACUGGUCCGGAUUGUGGAACGCCACAACCAACGUGCCGAAAGGAUCAGUUUCAGUGCAAAAACAACGAAUGCAUAGACUUCAGAUAUGAAUGCAACGGUCGAGCGGACUGCACUGACCAAUCUGAUGAGACUCAUCAUUGUAUUAGUCAAUUUUGUCUCCCCUUUUUAUUUAGAUGCAAUUACGGUGCAUGCAUUAAUUUCCAAAGUAAAUGUAAUGGAGUUAUAGACUGUGUGGAUGGUUCAGAUGAGUCAGAGGCAGUUUGCGGUUCCACAACAAAACGUCCAGUACCUGUGACGCCCUCCUGGACUCCUCCGCCUAUUCCAGCCACACCUAAACCAACCCCAGCAACGGAAGGUCCUAUAUUGGAAAAUGGCGAUUGUAUUCUUCCAAAUCAGCCAGAAAAUGGAAAACUCUAUUUGAUUUCUGGAUCUUAUGUUCCAUUGACAAGAGUUAAUCCAGGGACAUUAAUAAGACUGGUAUGUGAUGCUCGCUAUGGCCCGACUUCCGACAGAAUGUAUUCCAUUUGUUUUGAUGGAAAGUGGGAUGAAACUCUGGAAUGUAAACAAUCUUGCAAAUCAAUAUCAUCAUCAAAAACUAUGAGAGUUAAUUGCACGUAUGGAGAUAAAAGUAGGUCCUGUGAAAAUGCUAUUGAGGGUACGCUACUGAAUUUCUCUUGUGAGCCCUUUUAUGAAAAUACAGGCACUGAUUCUUGGAGUUACUGUUCAGGUGGUUUUUGGAGUCAUACACCCAAAUGUACACCAGUAUGUGGCCAAAAGACUGUAAAAUCUGCACAACUUUCGGUGGGAGGUACAAAAGUGGUAAAGGGAGACUAUCCUUGGCAGGUGGGACUUUUUAAAAAUAUUGAUGGAUCUUUUACAAAUAUAUGUGGCGGAUCAUUGUUAAAUGAAAGAAUUAUAUUAACGGCUGCUCAUUGUGUUGCUACUGAAUCAAUCGAGCAGUCAACUGUAUCCACGGAUAUAAAAGAAUUUAAGGUUGCAGUGGGAAAAUAUUAUCGGAUCUUGGACCACCCCGAUGAUAUUUAUGCGCAGAUCAGAAAUGUUUCGAAAAUUUGGUAUCCAGAGAUGUACAGAGGCUCUCUACAACAUUACAUUGGUGAUAUAGCUUUGAUUCAAGCAGAGACACCGUUCACUAUGACUAAGCACGUUCAACCAAUUUGUUUUGAUAAAUCCAAUAUUUUGACUUUGGAACCUGGACAAUAUGGAGUUGUAACGGGUUGGGGUUACACCCAACAUGGUGGACAACCAUCUGAUGAAUUACAUGAGAUUAAGAUUCCGUAUGAAGAUAGUGCAUUGUGCAAGACAAGAUUACCCACAGAUUUUGUUAGACUAUUCUUUGGAUUCGAUAAAUUCUGUGCUGGCUAUUACAAUAGCAGUAAGGCUUUAUGUGAAGGUGACAGUGGUGGUGCUUUGAUUUUCAAACAAUCUGAUGAGAAAUAUUAUGUGAAAGGAAUUGUGAGCAAUGCACCAAGAGUUGGUGGCAGUUGUGAUAUUCAACAGUACACCCUGUUUACAAAUGUUGACAAAUACACUGAUGACGUGAGGAAAUUUAUUAUCCAAUAUUCGUGAUUUUUAUUAAUAUUUUUUAAUAAAUUGAAUUAAACUUAAAA